AUGGCUGGAGCAGCUAAAAAUGCUUUACAUUCAUUCGUUUUUAAUGUACUUCUAACUUAUUCAACAGUUAAAUUAGUUAAAGUACCUCAUACAUAUAUUGCAAUAGUUCAUCGUAUUCUUCAACUAAUUAUUUUGGCAUAUAUUAUUGGUUAUAUUGUUAUAUGGAAAAAAGGUUAUCAACAAAUUCAAGAACCUCGUGGAACAAGUGUCAUUAAAGUUAAAGGAAUUGCCAGAGCUAUUGGAAAUAAUUCAACUUUUUAUACAAGUGAGGAUACAAAAUAUGUAUGGGAUACACCUGAAUAUGAAAUGCCAGCGAUUGAAAAUAAUGCAUUUUUUAUUGCGACACGUCAAACAGUUACUUAUGAUCAAAAACAAGGUCGAUGUCCAACUGCUUUAGCCGAUAAAUUAUUUUGUAAUGAUACUGAUAAAUCAGCUUGUAAAACAGAUAAACCUACACCAAAUACAUUUGGUUAUUUUACUGGAAAUUGUAAUCAAAGUUUAGAAGAUGAGACAAUAAAAGUAUGUGAAAUGGAAGGAUGGUGUCCAGAAGAACUUUCUGAAUCAAUAGAUUAUAUGAUGAAUAGUACAGAUUUAGAAAAUUUUACAAUUUUUUUGAAAACAAUGGUGACAUUUUCAUUAUUCAAAAGAAAUUUACGAAAUAUUCAAGAAACAACCAAUUUUUCAUGUCGAUUCGAUGGUACUGCUCAUACAGCGGAUUGUCCUAUAAUUCGUCUUGGUUAUAUUCUUGAUCAAUUGAAUACUAAUAAGACAGCUCUUCUACUUGAUGGUGGUUUAAUAGAAAUUCGUCAAGAUUGGAUAUGUAAUUUUGAUCGAAAUCCAAAAAAAUGUACUCCAACUUAUGAAUUUUCUGUAUUACAAAGUGGUGAUGAUAAACAAUCACCAGGAAUUAAUUAUCGAUAUGCUAAUAGAUAUCGUAUCAAUGGCACAAAUUAUCGAACUUUAUCGAAAGUUUAUGGUUUACGUUUUGUUAUUGCUAUAACAGGGAAAGGUGGACAAUUUAAUAUUGUUAAUUUAUUUAUAGCUAUUGGUUCCGGUAUUGGUUUUAUGGUAAUAGCUGGAAUUGUCUGUGAUGCAAUUCUUAUGUAUAUUCAUAAAUCUCGAGACAAAUAUCGACGAGGAAAAUUUAGUGUAUGUGAAGUUGAUGGUAUAAAUUCUUUUGAAAAUCAAGUUCUUGGACAUUCAGAUAUCUAA